CAUGACUGUGGCAAUACAUCACUGCAAUACAUACCCAGGCUCGACGAACGUUAACGUUAUUUACUCAUUACAUGCGGCGAUUGGGGACAAUCGACCGUUUAUAUACCCUGCACUUUGUCCAUCUUACUGCUCAGGAGACCCCCUCGCUACGGCACUGUCCGUUGUCAGUACCAAGCUCGCAGUCGACAAAGCCAUAGAAUGAAUCUUCCUCGACCACCAAGGCCAGAGAAACGAUAUGAUCUCGUGGAAAGCUUUAAUGCUCUCGCGCUAGCAGGGAAGAACGAAGGUCUUAGUCGCGCCCUGCCUGAUCGUGCAGAUGCU